UAUCGAAGGGUUCCUUUGUACCUUUAUAGUUUUCCUUCAUACAUUUCUGUUUUUUUUACUCUAUGUUAUUGCAACUGACACCCUUCGGUUUAACCUUCUGUGUCUUUUUCUUGCAGGUAAUAACAUGGACGUAGGCUCUCUCUUUGCCUUAAAGAAUGCGAAGGGGAAGAAGAAGGCCCCGGCGAGCACUUCUGGCAGGGAGGGGCCUUCCCAAGCUGCUGCCGCCAUUGCUGGCGCGGGAGGGUCCAGGGGUGCUGGGCCCGCAAAGAAGAAGAACAACGGCAAGGGGACUGAGCCCCCGACCAAGAAGGUGAAGACCGCCGCCCCCGCCAAGCAGCCGACCACCGAUGUGGUCGUGAUCGUGGAUGAAGGGCACGCCUCUGCCCCCACCUCCCAGGAGCAUAUCAACCAGGAGUUCUUCGGGCGGGAGAAACUGGAGGCGCUAGUGCCGAAGGGGGCUUCUGUAUUGGAGGGCAGCCUGAACCCUUCGGCACUGAUGAGCCAGAUGCUGCCAUCGGCUGACCGCUUGGCCCUCGCCAGGUUGGACGAGGGAUCCCUCGAGGCGAAGAUCCUUCUGAACACUGCCUCCAGCUUCAUGGGCCUCUGCGAGCACCUCCGGAGGGUGGAGCAAAUGAGGGAGGCAAAGGGCGCAGCCGAGGGGGAGGCCGCCCUCCUCAGGAAGAAACUUGCCGAGGCUGAGGACUCUCUUCGCCUGGCUACCGAUGGCAUGGAGCAGCGGGUGCAGGCUGCGAGGGUCGAAGGGGUGAAUGAGGGCCUGGCCAGGGCCGGGGAGGCUGCUGCCGAGGCCGCCCGCAUUGCUGCUGAUGAAGCUCGCGCGGCUCAAGAAGAAGCCGUCUCUAGAGCCCGGGAGGAUGCGGUGGCCAGCUUCACUACCGAGGGAUGGAAGGCUGAAGAUCGGAGGGAGUAGCUCUCUUCGGUAGUGGGGGCUUCGGUGGACGAGUGGGUCGGAGGCCCCGGCAAGAUGUGGCUUGCUGAGAGGGGCGACUCGUACUACCAAGGCGGGGAGUUCUUCACCCAGCGCCUUAUCUACCGGAAGCUUGCGAGGCAUUUCAAGAUCGCACCGGAGGAGUUCCAUCCAGAGGCUUAUGGCUUCCCCCCUCGUCAGCCAGACAUCAGGAUCCCGCUCCCCGAGGGGGAAGAGAGGCCAGUGCUCGAAGAUUCAGAGACCCUAAGGGAGUGCGGCCUCGGGGGUGAUGGGGAUGAGGCCGAGAGUGAGGCAGUUUCUACAGCUC